AUGAAGUACGCUUUGGAUUCCGGACGGGUCGUUGCAUGUCCUAACAUACCGCAGAUUCGAAAUCCUCUUAGUGCUGUUAUGCACUGUGCGGAUUCCAUAGCCCACUCGCUCUCUGAAGUAAGGCUUCUCCUCAACCAGUGCGAGAAGCGAAGCGCACCCGACAAUGACAACUCCCGUACCGCCGACGACUUGCGGAAUUUGAACAGCAGUAUUGGCGAUGCUGUCGAUACGAUCAUGGCAUGCACCAUGCAUCAGAAACGUAUCAUCGAUGACAUCCUCUCGCUCUCCAAACUGGAUUCGAAUUUGUUGGAGAUCUGUCCAACAGUCUUUCACGUCAAGACCUUCUUGAAUCAAGUCGAAAGCACUUUCAGAGCUGAGGCUGAACAGGCUGGAGUUCAGCUUGUAGCUGUAGCUGAUGCUUCAUUGAGCGAACUCGACGUUGACUGGAUCGAUGCUGAUCCGGGCAGAGUGACACAAGUGCUAUUCAACAUGGUCGCCAAUGCAAUCAAGUUCACCAAGGAUCGAUCCGCCGAAAGAGCUGUCACUGUUCGCAUCGGAGUAGCAGCUUGGCCACCCACUGCUAUCUUUGACGGUCUCAUCAAAGCAGUCCAAAAGAGUGAACCAACCGAUCAACCGGUACUCGACGUCGAACCGUCGGACGGGUCAAUAUUCUUGUGGUUCAAAGUCGAAGAUACAGGAUGCGGAAUGGAUGAAUCGACCAAAGCGCGCGUCUUCAGCCAGUUCACCCAGAACAUGCCCAAGACCUACAGCAAAUACGGCGGGUCUGGGCUGGGGUUGUCCAUUAGCAAGAAAUUGGUGGGCUUGAUGGGUGGCGAGAUUGGCUUCCAGUCUCAGCAACAUAUCGGGUCGACGUUUGCCUUCUAUACAAAAGCUUCCAGGGCUCUACCACCGAGACCGUCUCUAUCUACCAGGAGCUCCGAAAAGUCCAUCACUACCGAAGGACCAACCUCGUCGCUGCCUCAUGCGAUGGGUACCGCUGCGGAUGCGCCGCCGACCACGCAAUCUAGCAUCCUGCUUGUUGAAGACAACAUGGUCAAUCAACGGGUGCUCAAGAAACAGCUGCAACUCCAGGGCUAUAUCGUUUACACAGCCGACAACGGCCAAGAAGCUUUCGACUUCAUCAAAACUACGCAACACUGGAAAGGCUCAACCUCAUCGCAACCACGCGGCGAUGAGCCACGUAUCGACGUCAUUCUUAUGGACAUUGAGAUGCCCAUUGUCAAUGGGCUUGAGUGCGCGAGUAUGAUUCGCGCUGCGCAGGAAGACGGGUCAAUCGAUAAGCAUCUACACAUCAUCGCUGUUACCGCAAAUGCAAGACCCGAGCAACUGAAGCGCGCGCGAGAGACUGGAAUGGACGACGCAGUUCCGAAGCCCUUCCGCGUGCGAGAUCUCGCAGCUGUUAUAGAGCAAUUGAGAAUUGAGUGA